AGGACUUUGCCUUCCUCACUCCUGCAUCUGAGCUCCAUCUCUACCAGCAGCAUGAGCCGCCAGUUCACCUGCAAGUCGGGAGCUGCCGCCAACAGGGGCUUCAGCGGCUGCUCUGCUGUGCUCUCCGGGGGAAGCUCAUCCUCCUACCGGGCUGGAAGCAAAGGGCUCAAUGGGGGCUUUGGCAGCCGGAGCCUCUACAGCCUAGGGGGCACCCGGAGCAUCUCCCUCAAUGUAGCAGGCAACAGCGGAAAGAAUGGAGGUUUUGGACUUGGCCGAGGUCGGGCCAGUGGCUUUGCUGGCAGCAUCUUUGGCAGUGUGGCUCUGGGGCCUACAUGCCCAACGGUGUGCCCACCUGGAGGUAUCCAUCAGGUCACCGUCAAUGAGAGCCUCCUGGCCCCCCUCAAUGUGGAGCUGGACCCUGAGAUCCAGAAAGUACGGGCCCAGGAGCGUGAGCAGAUCAAGGCUCUGAACAACAAGUUUGCUUCGUUUAUCGACAAGGUGCGCUUCCUGGAGCAGCAGAACCAGGUGCUGGAGACCAAGUGGGAGCUGCUGCAGCAGCUGGACCUGAACAACUGCAAGAACAAUCUGGAGCCCAUCCUGGAGGGCUACAUCAGCAACAUGCGGAAGCAGCUGGAGACGCUGUCUGGGGACCGGGUGAGGCUGGACUCAGAGCUGAGGAACGUGCGAGAUGUGGUGGAAGACUACAAGAAGAGGUACGAGGAGGAGAUCAACAGGCGCACGGCUGCAGAGAACGAGUUUGUGCUGCUCAAGAAGGAUGUGGAUGCAGCUUAUGCCAAUAAGGUGGAACUGCAGGCCAAAGUGGACUCCAUGGACCAGGACAUCAAGUUCUUCAAGUGUCUCUUUGAAGCUGAGUUGGCUCAGAUCCAGUCUCAUAUCAGUGACAUGUCUGUCAUCCUGUCCAUGGACAACAACCGCAACUUGGACCUGGACAGCAUCAUCGAUGAGGUCCGGGCUCAGUAUGAAGACAUUGCCCUGAAGAGCAAGGCCGAGGCUGAGGCCUUGUACCAGACUAAGUUCCAGGAGCUGCAGUUGGCAGCUGGCAGGCAUGGAGAUGACCUCAAAAACACCAAGAAUGAAAUCACAGAGCUCAGUCGGUUCAUCCAGAGACUCCGCUCAGAGAUUGAGAAUGCAAAGAAGCAGGCUUCUAACCUGGAGACAGCCAUCGCCGAUGCUGAGCAGAGAGGGGACAAUGCACUCAAGGAUGCCCGGGCCAAGCUGGAUGAUCUGGAGGGUGCCCUGCACCAGGCCAAGGAUGAGCUGGCUCGAUUGAUGCGUGAGUACCAGGAGCUCAUGAGCCUGAAGCUGGCCCUGGACAUGGAGAUCGCCACCUACCGCAAGCUGUUGGAGAGUGAGGAGUGCAGAAUGUCGGGAGAAUAUCCAUCUCCUGUCAGCAUCUCCAUCAUUAGCAGCACCAGCGGCAGCAGUGGCUAUGGCUUCCGGCCCAGCACUGUCAGCGGAGGCUAUGUGGCCAACAGCACCAGCUGCAUCUCUGGUGUGUGCAGUGUCCGUGGUGGGGAAAGCCGGAGCCGGGCCAGUGCCAGUGAUUACAAGGAUACCCUGGGGAAGGGCUCCAGCCUGAGUGCCUCCUCGAAGAAGAGUGGUCGGUAG